GUUGGUUGAGACAAAGAGUAAUCGCGACUUUCGGGUAAUAUUUAAGCCGGCGCGGGAAAAUCUAAUAAUAAAUAAUACAAAAAACGAAAUCUGUUAACCGGUCUGAGAAGAUUCAAACUCUUAAGCUUCUGUAAAAAUUGAAUGGGAAGCUUCACAGCUUAGAGCCCCACGUAAUACAGUUAAGAUCUUAGAUCAAAUGAUUUUCUAAUUUUGUGGCUAUUUUUUUUUUUCUUUUCUUUUAUGGUUUGUGGUUUUUGAUCUGCCACAUUUCAAAUUUAUCAAAAUCUUUAUGACCUGAAUGAAUGAAUGUGGUGGAAUAUGCGUGUGUGGUGCUACGUGCCGGUUCUUUGCUCUACGUCUGGCGUUUUCAUAUAAAAUUCCCAGUAUAAACAGAAAAAGUUGUAACCAAUGUUAAAAAUAUUAUUUAUGAAACUUACUAUGCUUAGAAAAGCACUUCCACAAAGAUAAGUUUUCUCAAAAUCAUAAAAGUGAAAAAUAAAAAAAAGAAAUAACCAGAUUUUUAAGAAAUUUUUAAAUUAAAAGCACAUCCCACUUAAGGAUUUUAAAGACGUUGUAUGUAUAUAUGCCUCCUUAAGGCCAUCUAUCUACCUAAGCAGACAUACAUCACUCCAUCCAUCCAUCCAUUCACUCCAAUAAAAUCAUCAUUUGUCUUGGCCUUAACCGCCUGAAACCGCCAAUCAUUGGCUCGAACAUUAACAAUCAUGCCAAUUUUCCUUGGUUUGUAAGGAAUUUUUGUGAAAACGUUUCAUCACUUCAACACGGUCCACAGGCCCCAGCAACUCAACACAAAAAAAAGGCUCAUUUAAAUAACAAGCGAAAACUGUUAAGCUAACAUAUCGAUAAGGAAACUACAAACAACCACACAAAAAAAAUAAAGAAACUUAGAAGAAAUAAAAAGGCCGCCUUUUGGCUGUUUGCAACAGUCGAAGCCGCCGACGCCAGUGUUGCGCAUGCGUCUUUGGCGAUAUGAAUAAUGAUGAUGCCACCAGCAAACAUGAAUGAAGAACGUACGCAUGCGCAUCAAGCAAAGACACACACACACACGGCUGGUGAGGAUAAUGAUGAUGAAGGAUGUUGAGAGAGUGGCACACAGGCAGACAAACACUACCAACAUUUCUUCGUAGAGGCCACUAAAGGCAAAAGAAAAACCAAAAACCUACAACAAAACGCGAGGACGUCAUCUACGUCGAAGAAGAAAAAGAAGCUCUAACUCGUUGAUGCUGUUGCUGAUGAUGAUGAUGAUUUAUGCAAAUUCUUAAAGAUUCUGGGUUAACGAAAAAAAAACCAAAGUGGUGUGGCUGGCUGCUGGCGAUUGGUUGGCUCUGCUAUCGUCAAGUGUCUUAAACAUAAUAGGCCUUAAUGCCCCGGCAUGGUGGAUGGAACUCGCUCGUCGAUGGUGGGUCUUAUAAUUUCCAUAACAACUUAAUUCACUAAGCCAACCGAAAGUGAGAAGUCUAUAACAGCGUCAACAACGAAAACCACAAAGACAACAGAACACAACAGAAAGAAAAAAAAAAACGCGACAGACUUUAAAUUGUUUAAACAAUGUGUGAAAAAGAUUUACGGACAGCCCCUUGCGUCGAAGACAAAUGAAAAUAUAUUCCUCGAGUGAUCACACCAGCAAAUGAAGACGACCCAACAUCUCAUGAAGCCUCAGAGUGAUGUGUUAAUCAAGUUUGGGUGUUGUUUCUUGCUAUGAUUCGAUUCACACAAAUGAAUUCCUAAACAAAAAUGAUUUAAAUUUUGUGAUAAUCCAAAAAAAGAAAUAAACCGCAGCAGUUAUCACGGUAUGUGAAACUCCAACACCUAAAAAAGUGUUAAAAUAUGAUCUAUGAAAUAAAUUCCGCCAGAGAAAUGAUUUAAAUUUUUGAAGAAAACCAUAACAAAAAAACCAAAACGUGAUUUCUAAACAAACAACUAAAUUAUAAAAAAAGUGUUAAUAGCCCAGUGAUGUUUAUAUUUAAAAAAAAUCGAUUCCAAUGAAAAGUGAUCUGUAAUAGUAAAACAAAAAUAUAAAAAAAAAAUUCCUAGAAAUCUCUGCUCGACAACAUUCUUAAGCCUUUGUUUAGUGCAAACAUUUGCUUAAUUGAAUUCAUAGAAUUUUAUUGACACCCCCCGCAUACUAUGAGACUUCGAUUAUUUCCUGUGUCCUCACCAUCACCAUCGUUGUUGCCAUUGUCAUCAUCGCUGUCACCAUUGAAAAAAGUUCGAAGAAGCAUAUCAGCAAAUUGCCCGGGAAUAAACAAGAAAUGUGGCAUAAACGCAACAAACUCUUGAUAUUUCUACUUUGGAUAAUGAAAAUAAGAUUAGUAUCCAGUUUUACAUCAUCACUCCUAUGUGCUCGCAUACCGGGUCUUACGCCCCAGCAGAGGCAGCUAUGCACUGAAUCACCGGAUGCCUUGAUUGCAUUGGGCGAGGGUCAUCAAUUGGGUGCCCAUGAGUGUCAGUAUCAAUUCAGGGGCCAUCGAUGGAAUUGUUCGGAGGUGUGGAAGAAAGAUGUCUUUGGACAUGUCAUGUUUGUUGGAUCUCGUGAGGCUGCUUUCACUUAUGCCAUAGCCAGCGCUGGAGCUGCUCAUGCCGUAACAGCGGCAUGUGCCCGCGGAAAUAUUACCUUAUGUGGCUGUGAUGUGCGACACAAACCCACGUCCUCGCGUCGAGGGUUGCAAGCCGAAUUUGAAAAUGGUUUGGGCGGUGGUGGCCAACAGCCAUGGAAAUGGGGUGGCUGUUCGGCAGACAUAGAAUUUGGCAUGAAGUUUGCCCGCAAGUUUUUGGAUGCCAGAGAAAUCGAAGGAGAUGCCAGAAGUCUUAUGAAUCUGCACAACAACAGAGCUGGCAGGAGGCUGGUGAAAAAUUUGUUAAAAACCGACUGCAAGUGUCAUGGGGUCAGUGGAUCUUGUGUCAUGAAGACAUGCUGGAAGAGUUUACCCUCGUUUCGAGUGGUGGGCGAUGUUCUAAUGAGGAAAUACAAUAAAGCCAAAAUUGUUCAAGCCUCCAAAGGCAAACAUGGACUGAAACUAGUUUUAAGCAAAAAAAAUCGUGCCGGCAAAGUGAUGAAUUAUCCCAAACGCAUGGAUUUGGUUUAUCUGCAAACAUCGCCCAAUUACUGCGAACGAAAUGCGCAGGAGGGCGUUCAGGGUACCCAGGGUCGUGUUUGUAAUCGCACCUUGCAUGGUCUUCAAAGCUGUGAUUUGCUCUGUUGUGAGCGUGGCUACAAUACCCAACAGAUCCGACGCACCACCCAAUGCCGCUGCCAGUUCAAAUGGUGCUGUCAGGUGCAGUGUGAUGUCUGUGAGGAGAAUUACGAGGAGUUUACGUGUAAAUAACAAUAGGCUUAAAAAUAUCAUAAAAAAUACAACAACUUUGUAAAAUAAAAGAAAAACAAUAUAGGCGUAAAGAUGCUUCCAAACAAAUAGUAAGCAACCGAAAGGGAAACUUGGAAGGAAAAUAAAGCAAAUAGCAAAACAAAAGGUUUGUGAGAUAGAUAAAAACAAGAAAAUUUGAAAUAACAAAUUUCAAUUCGAAGCGAAAAACUUAUUAAGGAAAUUUUUUUGAUGCGAUAAAAGAAAAAUUUUUUCAAUGCGAAAAAGAAAAAGACGAAUAUUCUACUAAGGAAACUUUUUUGAGUCAUACAGAUUCCUGAAGAAACUUUUUCAAAUCGAAAAAUUUUCUGAAGAGACAUGCUCGAGACGAAAAAUGUCCUAAAAAAGUUUUUGGAAACGAAAAAUUUUUUAAAGAAAUUUUUUCGCGACGAAAAAUUGUCUGAAGGAACCUUUU